AUGAAAUCUUUCGAUAUUCUCAAACCUGAAGAUAAGGGAAUGACAAAACAGAAUGUUAAUACAAAGUUAAAAAGAUGGAGAGGUGUUUACCUUUUUAUCUUUGUACCGGGUGCUCUUGCUCUUCUCCUCUCUGGUGCUGCCAUAUCCAAGUUCUUCUCCUUCAAAUCGUUUCUUGGUACUGAAUCUUUAUACACCCAUCUGAAUCCUGAAUGCCCAAAUGGGAAUGAAAAUGAAGUGAUGAUAACUGUGCAAAUUGUAAUUCAGAAAAUUCAAGAGGAGCUGGACAAACUGAGGGAAACAGAACGGGAUCCAUCAUCAUCACCAUCUCCAUUGAAACAAGGUGCCUUUCUUGCUGACAUAUUAGGACUUCUCGAGUCAAUGGCGACGUCUCAUCUGCAAAGAGAAAGGGGUAAACAGCAAAAUGGUAGUUUCACAGUUCAUCCUCUCUUGAAAGAAAAGAAACAAUCUGAUGAACCUGCUGAUUACUUCCUGCGAGAAGAGCUUCGCAAGUAUGUCAAGAUCAAGCCAAACAGAUUAGGAAAACAAAAUUUCAUGGGGGCAAAUGCAACCUUCACCAGCAUAGGCCAUGCUUGCUUUGCAAUGAAGGAAGAGCUAGAAGAAUACAUGGAUUAUGAUAUUGGAGAAAUCUGCAAGGAUGAUUGGAAGCUAGCUCAAAAGCUUAUGGUUCAUGGGUGUGAUCCUCUACCAAGGAGAAGGUGCUUCUCAAGAUCCCCCAAGCUAUACAACCAACCAUUCCCCAUCAACGAGUCCAUGUGGAAACUCCCUGAUGAUAGAAAUGUUAGAUGGAGUCAAUACCGGUGCAAGAACUUUGCUUGUCUAGCAAGCAACACCACUGGUAAGGGAUUCUUCAAAUGUGCAGAUUGCUUCAAUCUCAUCCAUCAUGAGAUGCCCAGAUGGGUAAGAUUGGAGACUGAUUCAAACCAGACAGCUGAUUUCCUUAUAUCUGAGGUUCUUGGAGUUAAGCCAGGAGAAAUCAGAAUAGGAUUGGAUUUCAGUGUUGGAACUGGGACUUUUGCUGCUAGGAUGAGGGAAUUCAAUGUGACAAUAGUUUCAGCCACUAUCAAUCUUGGGGCACCCUUCAGUGAAAUGAUAGCUCUUAGAGGACUUGUUCCUCUCUACUUAACUAUAAAUCAAAGGCUACCAUUGUUUGACAACACCCUAGAUUUGAUUCACACUACAAGAUUCCUAGACGGGUGGAUUGAUUUUGUUCUCCUGGAUUUUGUAUUGUUUGACUGGGAUAGAGUUCUGAGACCAGGGGGGUUAUUAUGGAUUGAUAGUUUUUUCUGCUUGAAAGAAGAUUUACAUGAUUACUUGCAGGCCUUCAAAAUGCUGAGAUAUAAGAAGCACAAAUGGGUUGUUGUUCCAAAGCUUGAUAAGGAUGAUAAGGAGAUGUUCUUCUCUGCUGUUUUAGAAAAGCCUCCUAGGCCAUUCCGUUGA